CAAUUUAGUGAAUUUCUGAACGCAACCAUAACUGUCAUCGCUGUUGUGUCAAAGUGAAAAGUAAACAUAACCUCAAUUGAUUCCUUACAUAAAUUAAAUUUAUAUUAAAUAGUUUACUAGAGUAACAUGGCAACGGAAAGUUUUGAUAAAAACCGUGUAGGGCGGGAUUACGCCUUUGUGCGGAUGGAGUUUAUUCAUAGCAGUUGCGACUUAAAAGGUUAUUGUUUGAGUGACGUGAUCAGGCUGGAAGAGGAAUUUCACGCCUUUCAAGUUGAUUUGUUGACGGCGACUGCAGCUGGUGACCGUAAAAGCGAGCUGGAAAUAUCGGCGCAGUUCGAAAAAAUGGUAAAAUCUAUAAAAAUACGUUUAUCGGAAACAGGACCCACCGUGUUAAAGACCAAUGAAAAUACGACUUCAAGUGCUAAAUUGCCUAAAAUAACUAUAGUUCCCUUUGACUCUAAAAUUGAAAAUUGGGUAUCGUUUAUUCAGAUUUUCGACUCACUAGUUCAUAGGAAAAGUAUACCUGCAGUUGAAAAGCUUCACUAUUUGUUAUCAAGUGUGACCGGGUAUGCCUUCGAUUUGAUAAAAAAUUACCCAUUGUGUGACGAAAAUUACAUGAUCGCGUACAACACACUUAAGGAGCAUUUUGAUAAAAAAAAGAAUAAUUGCUAGUCUGUUUUAUGAAAAAAUAUUAAACUGUGAGGUGGCAAGAUCUAAAAGUCCUUCUGAAUUAGUGAGAAUUUGUCGAACUUUUAAAGAAAAUAUUGAAAUUUUGUCAAAGUAUAAAUUACCCGACAGGAAUUUUAUGCUAUUCCAUUCAUUGUGGUCUAAAUUGGACGCUAGUACAAAAGAAGCCUUUGAGCUUCAACUUCAUUCAACCACGGAAAUUCCUAGUUAUGAAGAAUUAAUGUUGUUUAUCGAAAAGCGGAGCCAAGCAUUAGAGAACAGUAUUGGUAAGUCGUUAACAGUUAGUAGUAAACCGGUGUCGAGCAAGCCAGUGCUUAAUAAAGUUAAAUCUUCAUUUCUUGUUCCUCCAGUAAAUAAUGUGAGUGAUUGUGUUAUGUGCUCCGCACCAGGGCACACAUUUGAGCAUUGUCCAAAAUUUUUGGAAUUGCGGCCAAUGGAUAGGUUUGCCCAAGUUAAGGAAAAGAAACUUUGUAUAAUGUGUUGUAGGCCAUCCCAUUCAGUUAAGAAUUGCAAGUCCUCGGUGUCUUGUGGCGUUUGUAAACAUAGACACCAUACAUUAUUGCACUUUGAUAAGGAGUUGGAACCGUCCACUCGGCAAACUCAAGUGACAUUGACUGUCCAUAAUGCAAAUGCACCAAGCCUGUUCUCGACGGCUAUUGUAAUGAUAAAAAAUAAAUAUAACCAUUUAGUACCAAUUCGUAUGCUAUUGGAUAAUGCUUCCGCAUGUAAUUUUGUUACAUUAGAGUGCGCUCGAAAACUAGGAAUACCAAUUAAAGUUAAUUCACCAUCGGUGAACGGUGUCGGUCUAGCGUCAACGGACACUUUUGGAAUUGUCGAUUGUGAGAUAGUCCCGGCAAAUGGGGACUCAUCUUGCAUAUUUUCGUUUGAAGCGUAUGUGCUUCCUAAGAUCUGCCCUGAUAUGCCACUGGAGCCACUUAAUGUGUCGUCCUGGAUGCAUCUAAAGGAUUUAGAUCUCGCUGAUCCAUAUUUUCAUAAGUCUGGACCAAUAGACAUGUUGGUUAGUGUCAACCUUUUUGCUGCGGCAUUACAGUCUGGUGUUGUCAAGGGCAACCCAGAUGAGCCCAUAGCCGUCCGCACGGUGUUUGGCUGGUUGGUGAUGGGUGAGUGCCCUAGAGACAUUAACACUUCUCGUUCUCGUUGUUCUAAGGGGUCCGGAGGUGAUACGGAGAGGUGUUUUCUCGUGUCGAGUCUUUCAUUAGACAACAGCAUCAAACGCUUCUGGGAGUUGGAAGGCUUUGAUCUGCCUAAAAAUAUCGUUUUGUCGAAAUCGGAAUUGUCGUGUGAAAACCAAAUGGAAAAUUCAUAUUGUCGCAGUCCCGAGGGAAGGAUGGUAGUACCAUUAACUUAUGUCGACCCUCAGGACAAACCAAGGUUUUCAAAUUCUCGUGAGAUAGCUCUCAAGCGUCUCUUAAAUUUAGAGAGGAAAUUUAAAUUAAAUCCUCAAUUUCGGACAGCUUAUGUCAAUUUCAUGGACGACUACUUAAGUUGUGGUCACAUGGAAGAGGUUGGUCCUCCAGUGGCGUCUGAGGGUCAGUUCUAUUACAUACCCCACCAUGGAAUUUUGCGGCCAGACUCCGUCACUACGCCUCUGCGUUGCGUUUUUGACGCUAGCGCCCGAGACUCUUCGGGGCAGUCUUUGAAUAGUGCGCUGCUGCCAGGCCCAAAAUUGCAAAAUAAUAUAUUUGAUUUGCUGGUUCGUUUUCGAUGGCAUGCAGUAGUGUUUACCGGGGACAUCAAGCAGAUGUACCGGCAGUUUCUUGUCGCUUUACAGGACUGCGACUAUCAACGCAUUUUAUGGCGUCCAUCAUCUGAUGAGCCUGUGAAAGAUUAUCGUUUGCUCACAGUGACCUAUGGCGUGUCCUGUGCUCCCUAUCAGGCGCUUUGGUGUAUAUCCAAGCUAGCAAAGGAGUUUUCGUCUCGCUCUCCCCAAGGUGCUGCAGUAUUGGCUAGGGAUGCAUAUGUCGAUGACAUUGUCUCAGGUGCAGACUCUGUUGAGGAUGCGUUAGUGCUACGCCAACAGUUGGUGGAAAUAUUAUCGUCUGCGCAACUUCAUUUGCGCAAAUGGACAUCAAAUAACCCCGAGUUUCUAAAAGGUUUACCUGGUUCAGAACUAUAUUCGGAACAACUUCACAACUUUGAAAACGUUCAUGAUCUGUCGCUAAAAAUUCUCGGCCUGUCAUGGCUUCCCAAGGAAGAUACCUUCACAUUCAAGACCUCCUUGAAUGAUUGUCGUUGUACAAAGCGAUCGAUCCUUUCGGAUAUCGCCCGUAUUUUUGACCCUCUGGGCCUAUUGUCGCCUGUCGUAUUUUUCGCAAAAUAUUUAAUUCAACUCCUAUGGGUUUCUGGUGUCGAUUGGGACAACGAGGUUCCUACUGACAUCGCCCAAGAGUGGCGUAAAUUUAAGUCACAAUUGGUGAAGAUGAAUUCGUUAUUCAUUCCCCGUAGAAUGGUUGAAUCUUUCGUAUCGUUGCAGCUUCACGGGUACUGUGACGCCUCGGAGAAGGGGUACUGUGCUGUCAUUUAUUGUCGUGUCGUUCAAAAUGACGGAACUAUUGUCGUGCGCCUUUGUUGCGCUAAAACCAAGGUGGCUCCACUUCGUAAAUGUUCCAUUCCGAGGUGCGAACUGCUAGCUGCUGUUUUAUUGUCGGAUUUAGUCGUCUCGUUUACAGACGCUUUAAAGGAUGUUCAUACUUUCGAUGACAUCUAUGCUUGGUCAGACUCGACUGUUGCGCUGACUUGGAUUCGUUCGUGUUCAUCCAAGUGGAAAACCUUUGUAGCCAAUAGGGUUGCGCACAUACAAGAGAAUAUUUCUCCUGAAAAGUGGCACCAUGUUUCUGGUUUGGAUAAUCCUGCGGACUGCGGCUCCCGCGGCUUGUUACCUGCUGACUUAAUCGAGCAUACGCUAUGGUGGGCGGGGCCUACCUGGCUUUCCAAACCUCAAGAAUCUUGGCCACAAUCUGAGAUCUUUCCAGAUCAAGCCGCUUCGAACGAGCAAAAGAUUUAUAGUUUGCUCACGGCGUCUAAUAUGUCUAUAAUCGAUGACAUAUUAAAUCGAUUUUCGUCCCUACAACGCAUAUUGCGCAUUUUUGCCUAUUGUUUUCGGUUCAUGCAUAAUUUGCAAAUGUCAUCUUCGAAAUAUACAGAUUUGAAUCUGUCACCAGAAGAAAUUUCUAAGGUUCUUCUUUUUCUAGUAAAGCAUGUUCAGGAGCAAGCCUUUGCUUCGGAAUUGCGUUGUUUAUCGAAAGAUAAAGCCACUCACUCCCUAUCGAAACCCAUGCGGAAAUUGGCGCCGUUUCUGGACGACCGUGAAUUGCUAAGGGUGGGCGGUCGCCUUUCUAAAGGAGACCUGUCGUUCGAUGUGAAGCAUCCACUACUAUUGCCUCGCGAUCAUAGGUUGACCACGCUGAUCAUAGAGGAUUAUCAUCACCGUUUUAUGCACCCUGGAUUGCAAACAUUGCAAAACUUAUUAGCCCAAGAAUUCUGGGUUCUAUCGGCAAAAAGGGCUAUAAACUCUGUUGUUUCAUCCUGCAUGAAAUGUUUUCGGGCUCGUCUUACUUUGGAACCGCUCACCAUAUUACCUGAAAGCAAUAUGGUUGAUGCAAAAUUAGGUCCACUUCAGAGAUGGAAAUUGCUCCAAAAGAUCCAUCAAGAUUUCUGGCGCAAGUGGCACGUCGAAUACCUGCACACCUUGCAGCAACGCCACAAGUGGUUCGAUGACCAGAAAAACAUCAUCGUCGGGACGCUCGUGCUCAUUGUCAAUGAGCACUGUAGCCCCAUGAAGUGGAAGAUUGGCCGGGUGGUACAACUCCAUCCAGGGAGCGAUGGGAUCUGUCGAGUAGUCACGGUCCGCACAGAAUCGGGCGAACUUAAACGCCCAGUAGUUAAACUGUGUCCACUGCCUCUACAAAAUUAAAUUAUCUAAUAAUUCACUAUCGUAUCGUAUCAUUGUAAGCACUAACUUUAUCGUAGAUUUAGAUUAAAUUUCAUAUUUAAACGUAUGUAAACUUAAACUAGGGAAUUAACCCAAGCCAUAUUGUUCCUUUUUUUCUUAUCCUUAGCAUACAGUACUUGUGGAAAAUACGUUGCAUUUUGGCGGGCGGAAAAUGUUAAGGAUUGUAGCUUUAAAAAUAUAUUAAAAAUAAUUUCGCCUGGCAACAUUAUGCAAAAAAGUAAA